AUGGCCACUACAGAGCCCAUAUUGACAGAACCCAACAGUUUCCUCCCGAUUGACACCAAUCUCGCGGGUAAUACGUUCUCUGACCCACUUCAGGAUGACGGGGAACACGGUCUCGAUUUAAGUUCCCGAGAUUCGAAGGCCCAUGCUCAAGUGGCGGUGACGGAUAUUUCUUCUGGUCAGAGCAGCACGGAAGAAAAUGGCCUUAGCCCUCUGGAUUCAGAGCCGCCUCCGGUCGUUGAGUCACCAAUCUCGGAAACGGCUGAUCUUAAUCCUUUGGCUAAGUUCCCGCCAACAAGGCAAGACUCUGCCUGCUAUUUGGAUGAGAACGCCGCCACCGCGCCUGUCAUCGAUGACAUCCGGAACGAAGAUGGUGCAGCGGCUGCCAACGAGGUCGUACCCGAAAGCCGGGCGCCAAAUGUGUCGGCGCUUAUCAUCGACCUGGGUGAUGUUUUGUGCAACUGGACAGCACCAGAAGCACUACCAAUCUCGCCCGCAAUGCUCCACCGGCUCCUCAAGACUCGGUUUUGGCAUGAAUACGACUCAGGUGUUAUUACACAAGAAGAAUGCUACAAUCGUCUUGCUACCCAAUAUGGGCUUUUGCUGUCUGAUGUGGCAGAGGCGUUCAAGCAAGCCGCCCAAUCGCUCAGCCCUGACCAAGAGGUCUUUGGCAUGAUUCGAGACUUGAAAGAGACUUACCGCGGCUCGUUGAAAAUCUAUCUUAUGUCAAACAUCCCCCUGCCUGAGUGGAAGGCCUUGGAAGGGGACACGCGAUACGAUUGGACUCUGUUCGAUGGCUUUUUCAUCUCUGCUCAAGUGGGCAUGUGUAAACCCGAGCUUGGAUUCUUCCGCCAUGUUCUAAGCAGCAUCAAUAAGAAGCCGAAGGAUGUCAUCUUUGUGGAUGACAACGCUGAAAAUAUCCUCGCAGCUCGAUCGCUGGGCAUCAGAUGCCUCAGAUACAAGGAUGCCGCCGGGGUGAGGCGAUUCUUCCACCACGUUUUCGACGACGGCGUCGAUCGAGGACGGCAGUGGUUGCAAAGGAACGCGAAGAAUAUGUGGUGCGAAACUCCCGAGGGACGAGAAGUGAGAGACAAUUUUGCCCAGCUCUUCUUGUACGAAGCCGCCGGUGAUUUAAAUCUUGUCUCGUUGACCUUCUAUGAACGGACGUGGAACUAUUACAUUGAGAAACCCAUCGAUACGGUGGAAAAACACCCUGACGACAUCGAUACGACUUCGUUGGCCAUGAUCCUCCUGCCUCACGACCUCGAAAAGGCUCACUCAAUCCUUGAUGAAGUGUUGUUGUACACUAACAGAGAUGGCAUCAUCCUGACGUAUUUCGACAACAAACGGCCCCGUAUUGAUCCCGCCGUGUGUGUCAAUGCUCUUCGCUUCUUCUACAAGUAUGGCCGAGACGAUGUGCCCGCACUGCAGCCUACCAAGGCUUGGGUUUCGGACGUCCUGUUCUAUCGAGCAUACCUUGAUGGAACGUAUUACUAUCCCAGCGGAGAUGUCUUCUUGUACCUUUUCAGCCGCCUCCUCAGCGCGAAUCCCCAGAGCGAUAUUUACCGCAGUACUAGCGCUCUUCUGCGUGAACGAUUGCAAGAACGAAUCGGCUCACCGGGAGACGCAGUAGAGUUGGCCAUGCGAGUUAUUGCAAGUCUUGAUAUGGGUCUCAAGAAUGAUAUCGACCUGAGGAAACUGGAAUUGCUGCAGGAAGAAGAUGGCGGGUGGCCGAUUGGCUGGCUCUGCCAGACUGGGAAGAUCAGUCUGAAGAUUGGAAGUCGAGGUGUGGCGACGGCGUUAGCCGUCAAGGCCAUCGAGAUGGCGCAGAAGAGGGCAUGA